GUUCACUACGUCGGGGAGAAGGAGGUUCCUGCGUGGAAAGCCACCUGGCGCUAUGUGAUUCAGUGGCUGAACCUUGUGGAUUUGUUUGCGAUAGUGCCAUUCUAUCUGGAGCUUGCUGGGCUGCAGCUGGGCAGCUCUGCAGUGAUCCGUGUCAUUCGCCUCAUCCGCAUCUUCCGGCUCCUCAAAUCCCCAAAGAUGCGAAAUUGCGUGGACAUGAUUGUUGACAUCGUCAAGGAUUCGCUGCCAGGCAUCAUGUCCGUCUUUUCCCUGACGAUCUUGGUCUGCGUGCUUUUCGCGUCAUGCAUCUAUUUCGCAGAAGGCACCCAGUACUCCGUCGAGCACUUCACCUCAGAGCAUCCCUAUGGCGUCUACGUCAG